AGGACUCCGGAAGUGCUGGUGUUUGUUGUUUCUCCGUUAGCACCGUUAGCACCGCGAAGUUGCCCGUCCUGUCCUGUGUCCCGGCUCUCGGUGUGAACAUGUCCCGGGUCCACAACAUCCGGGUGUUUGCCAGUCAGCGGCUGCACGCGGCGAUCCAAGACAUUCUGGCACUUUGUGAGAAAACGAUCCAGAAAUACGAAGAAGAAGCGGCUCUGAACCGGGAAGUGAUCUCCCGCCAGCACGCGCUGCUCUGCGCGCUCCACAGACCCACCGCCGACGCCUUCACACAGCAGCAGCUGCUGAGUAACCCAGAGGAUCCCCCCCAGAUCCAGAACCAGGACCAGAACCAGAACCAGAACCAGGACCAGGAGGACCCAGACCCCCCGCAGGCUGACCUGGACGCCGCUGACAUCAUCCAGUUCACCUACAGCUCCCUGGCUCUGGCCCCGGUCCUCACCAGGCCGGAGCCGGAGGUCACCGUGGUGUCGUCUGAGACGGAGGACAGCGAGGACUAUGGCCGGGACCGCAGCCCGCCGAGGGUCCGGAGCCCGCCGAGGGUCCGGAACCCGCCGAGGGUCCAGAGACCGGAGGGGGGGCCGGCCCUGAGCUGCCGGGUCUGCAGCCGGACCUUUACGGCUCGCCGCUUCCUGUCCCGCCACAUUAAAGCUCACCUGCAGGACGCCGCGGCGCCGGGAUGCGGUCUGUGUGGCCAACGCUUCGGACACGCUCGGGACCUGAAGCUGCACAUCCAGACUCACCACAAGUCUCUGGGAGGGGGCAGGGCCCUGCAGAACCAGACCAGGACCAGAGACAUCCAGACUCACCACAGCUCUGGGGGGGGCAGGGCCCUGCAGAACCAGACCAGGACCAGGACCAGAGGAGGAGAGGGAAGGCAGCGCUGCGAGGACUGUGGGAAGACUUUCCUCCAAAUGUGGAGGAAGAGGAAGCACCGCUGUCUGUCUAAAGGCCCAGACCCCCCAACAAGAAGACCAACCAGAUCCCCCAACCAGAAGGCCAACCAGAUUCCCCAACCAGAAGACCAACCAGACCCCCCAACCAGAAGACCAACCAGACCCCCCAACCAGAAGGCCAAACAGACCCCCCAACCAGAAGGCCAAACAGACCCCCCAACCAGAAGACCAACCAGACCCCCCCAACCAGAAGGCCAACUAGACCCCCCAACCAGAAGGCCAACUAGACCCCCCAACCAGAAGGCCAACAGGACCCCCAACCAGAAGGCCAACUAG